UUCGAUAUGGACAAGAGCAAGCAGAAACGAAAUUUUAUGGAUGAAAUGUUAGAUAUCAUAUGCGAAAUAGAAAGAUUGAAACCCGAGCCCGAGGAGUGCAACGUAAGCUGCCCUCCUCUAGGAUGUCCUCAAGGACCCUGUCCGGGGAUGUGCUGUUCAAAAGGAAUCUGCGAUCCUUGCUGCGCGUCGAAGAUGCCAUGCGCCCCAUCAUCACCCCGUCCAUCUCAUUGUUGCAUGCCACGACGUUUAAAGGACUAUGCAUGCAGUACAGAUCCUUGUACUGCGGCUCUUCAGCCGAUAAUCAUAAGUCGAGGAGGUCCAACUGCCCGGAAUAGCAGUUAUCCCAUUCCUCAUGAUCAAUCAGGAUUCCAACAAGCCUUCUGCCCUCCCGCUUAUAACUUUAUAUCGACUGUAUUGCCCCCAUGUACUGUUGGAUCAGUGUCAUGUUGGAACAAUUAAAAAAAUAGUAUCUAUUAUUUAUAUUACAAAAGAAUAUUUCUAAUUCCAUUAAAGAAAUUGAAAUAAAGACUCCAGAUUACUUAGAAAAAUUAUGCAUUUUAUUCUGCUCUCCUGUUAUAACCUCCCUUCCCCGCAUUGCAUGAUUUCUAUUUAGUCAUACAGUCUACGUAAUAAAACAGUAAUUUUAAAAAUUACAAGGAUAUAAUUAAAAUUAGAAAAUAGAAAACGUACUUCUUAACGUAAUUAUAUUAUUUUAUUAUUAUCUCUGCUUUGUUUAAUUACCAUUAAAAGUACCUUUUAUACAAUUUUUUUUACAUAAAUAUAUAAGAAGUUAUACAGAAUGUUCAAAAACAUGCGAAUCAAAAUACUGUGGCAAAAACCUUCUAAAAAAAAAAAAA